UUGGCGUGGAGAGCCUUGGAGGAGCUGUGAAAGAACCAGAGAGAAAGACAGUGAUUAGGAUGUGACUGAGAUUCCCUGUCAAUCCAGCCAGGAGGCGGAGAAGAGAAGAGGUGGGAUUGGACGGAGGGAGAGGAGGAGAGUGAGAGAACCCCCUCCCCCCACUCCACCAUUCCACCCCACCCAUACUCCAGUCGUUCAGCGUCAGUGAAACCCCUAAUGUGAUCAAGAUGGAAGCUCAAGCUAUCUUUGGACUUUAUACCGCGCACCGGAUUUUCGGCUGGCUCCGGGGGCUCCCUGCUCUCUGCUCCCAAAAAGGGUAACGUCAGCGAUGGAUUUCAUUUGAAUCCGCAAACCCUGAGAGCAUUCCUCGGGACCUGGAACUAGGACCGACAUCUCAGGAAAAGGGUCAUUCGUUCCUUGAGAAAGGCUUGUAGGAUUGGAUUUGUCUCUCCCCUGACUUUGAUGGAUGGCUAACUCUUCAACCCCAUAGUGUUUAUCCUGUGUUAUCUUCUGUUAUUCAGUCUUAUGUUGCUACUGUGUGGGACUGGGACUGUACCCCUCUGUAUUCUGGUGGAGUAUUGACAGUGAAGUAACUCAUCCAGYCAUGUUGUGUGAAGUGGCACAUGGAUUACGCUAAUUGAGUACAUUUCACUUCUGUGUGAGAAGUUGUAAGAAGUACACAGUGCCCUCCCUAACUCAAGGGCCAGUUGACGUCAGAGGAGGAAGUCACCCCGGGUCACCCUCCAUCCAACAACAGUCCUGAGGAUGCUUAAGGAAGCUCAAUAGAACUGCACUCUCUGGUCCGCCAUUUUGGUUCUACGUCUUUAAAGGGCUCUAUGGUUAGCAGUGGGAGUCCGCCCASCAUGCUUGUCGRCAUACGGAAAAGAAGUUGGGAGGAUCACGUGACUCACCGCUCCGGGUUACAGUACAGCUACGACGACCUGGACCUGGUCUGUUGCCAUGGUGUCAGCGGCGACGGGCCUCGGCUYGCAUCGGAGGGGUCCAAGCAGGGGCGCAGGGAACGAUGUGCCUCCAUGCCGGAGUGCUGUCACCGGCCACGCCCCGAUGGCCUCAACAAUGGGUCGGGUCACAYAUUGGAGUUUGUGACCUCGGUCAACYUGGAGGACAAUGGCGAUCACUCUGAGCCGGGGCACGUGAUGUCAGCAGGCGACUUUGAUUCAACUGUUGUCCCUGUGUUCCYGGSUGASCMGMUAGACGGCUCUGAUGUGGCUGUUGAUGAUGAUGACCUCACCAGGAGGCUGACGGAGUCUGAACCUGGAGGAAUGCCGGACGCUGGUGUGGACUCAGUUGGCAUCCAAUCUCACUGUGACCUGGGCAAUGGGAUUCUUCAYCCAAAGCCAAACAUCAUCUGCACUGCAMACAGCGGUCAUGAGGAUGAGGAUGACAUUGAGGAUGGCACCGAUGAUAACGAGCAUCCCAACGUUGUUGACGACCGCGUUGCAAUCAUUGUUCAAUCUGUCUCUGUUGACGAAGGACAAAGGAAAGGGUCUCUAUCUGUCCGGACAUGGAUUUUCACUGGCUUUUCUGUUGGUGAGAAAAACUGGCAGGACAUUCAGAACUCCUGGAGACAAUGUGCCGACCAUACAGACGGUCAGGCUUGGACUUCCAGAACCUUAGUGGACACACAGACCCAGUCUCCUCAUACUGAAGUUGAACCACAGGAGAGGCCUCUCCACCUUGGAUGAAAGCAACAUUAUGACCCGGGUAAAGAACAGGAAGUAAUACAGCCAGCGGCCAUUUUGGAUUCCUCAAACAAACCAGAUACAAUAGUGAUGUAAUAUCAGAUGUUAACGUGGAGAUCUUGGAGGCUUCCUGUUGCAGCGUUAUGGAGGGGGAAGCUAUGGGGUAGACAUUGAGAGUAAAGCCUUAGAAUGGAAGGCUGAGGAUAGUGUUGAAGAUGCUGACGGAUUGAAUGUUCAGAGGAAAUGUAUGAAAGUAGUGAUAAAUUUGACCAGAUUUGAGGGGGCAACAUGCUGUGUAUUGGAUUGCAGACAAACAGAACAAGAGCGGAUGAUAGCAUGAGGACUGAUGAUGGUGUGAAAUAGCUCGGGACCAGACAGUGUUGAGAAAGGAGGAUGUUGACAUGGUGGAGAUGGAAGGGACCCGAGGAGUGGAAAGGGCUCUGGAAUGUGCAGGAGAAAACCCCUGAGGAUCAAGGCAGUUGUGG